AUGUCCACUCUACUCCCCGACAUCCCUUCACCGAUUUCGUCGGAUUCCUCGACUCCUUAUAUUUGGCAUGGCACACUCGAUUCAUCCCUGGGGGCGUGGCUCUUGGGCACCUACUGUGGUUUGGUUCUCUACGGACUCCUCGUUUAUCAGAUUUAUCAAUAUCUCAGCCUCUAUCCUAAAGACCCAGCAAUCCUCAAGAUAUGGGUCUCGGCAAUACUGCUUGUGGAGACUCUCAACACGGUGUUCACCGUUCAUUCUUCGUACUACUAUCUCGUUACCUGGGGAGGGCGCUCGAUAAUAUUCAACAAACCUCCAAUAUGGACUAUGAACUCGAUAGCGCUCACCGGGCCUCUAGCCAUUACUAUAUCGCAGGGGUUCUUCGCUCGCCGCGUAUACAUCAUGGCACCACGAUUUAGAAUGGUGGUGUAUGUCGUGACCGUCCUGCUGCUAGGAUUCUGCGGUUGUUUCCUAGCGUUGGCAGUCGAAGCUUUCAAGGCCAAGAACUUCUUUGCGCAGUCACUUCCAUUCUCUGGAUAUGUCGCUGCAGGAGUGCCGUACUGGUCUGCGGCGGCGAGUGUUCUCGCCUGCGAUCCCGGGAGGCCUGCGGUGGCUGAUAGUAGUGAUCACAGUACGGACUCGCUGAUCGACUUACUCGUUCUGUAUGCCGUCAGCACUGGGCUAUUGAACUGCCUAGUGAACGUACUCGAUCUCGCAUUUGCACUAUGUUUCCCAACUACCAUGAUCUACACGUCGUUCUCAAUCGCGCUGACUAAAUUAUACGGAAACUCGUUCUUGACUGCGCUGAACACGCGCCAAUCCUUCGUCGACCGCGGGCUCGUCGGAGACACGAUGUCGGCCGGGUACAGGCGGAGCAACGCGCCGCGCCUCAAGCUGUCCACUCUAGCCUUCGCGCCGCACCGCCUGUCGCUCUCACAUACUACCGAGUUGACCGCUGAGACGGAUCCUACCCUGGGCACAGCGUCUCGCUCGAGCGGGAUCGAGCUGAAGACCUUGUCGCCAGCCACCGAGAAUGUCCAGCGGGAAGGUGUACGCGUUGAAGAGGGCGAUAAGCCGCGUGGAGACCGAGAGGCGUUGUUGUCUGCCUGA